UCACCCAAGGCACACCUCUCCCCUCUUGCCCUUUAUAUACGCGCUCUCAACAAGCUUCAACAUCAUCGCCAACUAAACCAUAACUCGAAACCAUCGAGCUAGCUAGUCCAUUCAUCAUUUAAAGUAUACAUAUAUAGAUCGAGUUGUGUGGUGCUCAUGGAGCUCCUCCACGGGUUCGAUGUGAAAAUGUUGGUGUCGACGGUGGCGCUGAUCGGGUUCGUGGGGUUGCUGGUGCGGUUGUAUAAGGGGCUAGUGGCGGAGCCGAAGAGGCUGAGAUCCCUACUGGCCAAGCAAGGCAUCACCGGACCUCCACAGGCUUUGCUUCUCGGGAAUAUCUCGGAGAUAAAGAGGGCUCACGACCGCGGUGGCAAUGCUAAGGCUCCGAGCAGCGAACCACCCAUCUCACACAACCUGGCUGCUACUAUCUUCCCCUUCUUUGAUAAGUGGAGGAAGCAAUUUGGUGAUGUGUUUGUGUUUGGUCUUGGCACCACGCAAAUCCUAUAUGUGAUCAAACCAGAAGCAGUGAGGGAGAUCACAACCUGCACAUCCUUGGACUUGGGGAAACCCACAUACCAAUUCAAACAGCGUGGUCCUUUACUUGGUAAAGGUAUUUUGACCUCCAAUGGAGCCUCGUGGGCUCAUCAGCGCAAGGUCAUGGCUCCUGAACUUUACAUGGAGAAGGUCAAGGGAAUGAUCAACUUAAUUACCGAAUCCUCGAAUACUCUGGUGAACUUGUGGAACAGUAAAAUUGAUGCUGGCAAAGGAGUUGCAGACAUAAAAAUCGACAACGAUUUGAGAAGCUUCUCUGGUGAUGUUAUCUCGAGGGCAUGUUUUGGGAGCAGUUAUACCAAAGGGGUACAGAUUUUUGAUAAACUAAGGCAACUCCAGGAGGCCAUGGGCAGGAAAGUCUUUGGGGGUGCAGUUCCUGGAAUGAGACACCUUCCUACAAAGAGCAAUAGGGAAGAACGGGCAUUAGAAAAGGAGGUUGCGAGGUUGAUACUGCAAUUAGUGAAGGAGAGACAGGCAGCUGGGCACGAAAAAGACUUGUUGCAAAUGAUUCUUGAGGGUGCAAGAGCCAGUGAUCUCAGUCAAGAUGCAGCAGACAGCUUCAUUGUUGAUAAUUGCAAGAACAUAUACUUAGCUGGAUAUGAAACCACAGCUACUUCUGCCACAUGGUGCCUCAUGCUGUUGGCUUCGAAUCAAGAAUGGCGAGAACGCAUUAGAGCAGAGGUACUUCAAGUUUGCCAAGGCCGCGUCCCAGAUGCUGAUAUGCUUCGCAAGAUGAAACAGCUAACAAUGGUGAUUCAUGAAUCAUUAAGGCUCUACCCACCCGUUACCAUUAUGUCAAGGGAGGCAUUCAAGGACAUGAAAUUUGGAGACAUUCAUGUUCCAAAGAGUGUCAAUGUUUGGACCAGUGUGGCGACAAUACACACUGAUCCAGAAAUAUGGGGACCUGAUGCCUACGAUUUCAAGCCGGAAAGAUUUGCAAAUGGGAUCACUGGAGCUUGCAAGCUUCCCUACUUGUACAUGCCAUUCGGGCUUGGACCUCGAGUGUGUCUUGGACAGAACUUGGCCAUGAUCGAACUCAAGGUUGUCAUAGCUCUCAUAGUCACCAACUUCUCAUUCUCACUUUCGCCCAAUUACAGUCACAGACCUGCUCAAAGAUUGGUUGUAGAGCCAGAAACCGGCGUCGAUCUUUUGAUGAAGAAGCUUUGAGGAAUUCCCUUUGGAUGAAGAAGCUUUGAUAUUUUGCUGGAAAAUAAGAUAGCUAGUUAGGAGCGUAUUACUUUCUUUGUAUUAUUAACUUUAAAACCAUGUUGGGUGUCUUGAGUUUGGUUGUUCAGUAGUAAGCCUGUACUUUUUUACUUUUA